AUGAAGCUGCUGAUUUUUCUUGGUAUUCACCACCCUGCACGCCGUUCGGCAGCGGUCCCGUACUUCGGCCAGGGAGCAGCAGCCCACGCAACGCCGCAGUCGUUCGAACAGGAGCACCCGAUCAGCGACCCUAAUCAUAGUCGAUCCACACCACGAUCGUCGAUCACCGCCACGAUCGGUUUGCUGGACUUGAUGAGAUUGAGAUCGAUCUUCGAACUCCAGGCGAAGUACAACGACGUGGUUGUCGUUGACGUCGUUGAACUCGAAGUCCUGGAGGUGUCUAACUCGACGACGAACACGUGGUUGGAGGAUGAUUUUGGAUUGGAGUAUAUCCUGGGCCCGUCGGGCCUGGACACCCUCUUCCCCAAGAUAUGGGCCACCGUCCGGGUCCACUUUAAGAAACACAACCGAGAAGAAACAACCGUGGGCCUGUACGGGCUGACGCGGGCCCUGACGUUCGCGAUCGUGCUCGAGUGCCUGCUGGGGAUAAAGGCCCGGCCCGGGAUGCUGGGGACAUUCGAGCGCGUGCUGGAAGGGGUGUUUUCGGCAGCCGUGGGUUUUCCGUGGUCCAAGUUCGGGCGGGCCAGUGGGGCCCAGCGGGAAAUCGAGCGGGAGUUAUUGAGAGAGAUAAGGAAGAGGCGGGAGGAGAUUGAGAGGGGGGGAAGUAUUGAAAGGGUUUUGAUGUCGCGGUUGGUCGAAGGGCUUGUUCGGGGAGAGAUUAGCGAGGAGGAAGUUGUGGAUAAUGUGGUCUUGCUCGUGUUUGCGGCUCACGACACCAUGUCGUUUGCCAUUGCCAUGACGUUCAGGAUGAUGGCUCGCCAUCCCGACUGCUAUUCGAUCCUCGAGAAAGAGCAUAGAGAUAGAGUGAGCCGGAAAGGAGAGGAAGAGCCUCUCAUGUACGAGGACACCAAAACGAUGAGCUACACGUGGAAAGUUGCUCGGGAGAGCAUGAGGAUUUUCCCGCCGAUUUUCGGUUCGUUUAGGAAAGCGAUCCAGGAUAUUGAGUAUGAUGGGUACACAAUUCCUAAAGGGUGGAAGAUAUUGUGGAUGGCGUACGGGACGCAUUACGAUCCAGAGUGUUUUGAAGAUCCUAUGGCUUUCAAUCCGGAUAGAUUUGACGAGUCCAUUCAGCCGUACACAUUUGUACCGUUUGGGGGAGGGCCGAGACUUUGUGCAGGAUACCAACUGGCUAAGCUGAAUAUUCUCAUUUUUGUACACUACGUUGUUACGAGAUACGAUUGGUCGCUAGUGUUGCCCGAUGAGCCGAUUACGAUAGAUCCCCUCCCAUUCCCUUCUCAGGGAAUGCCAGUUACUAUUCGCCCGAAAGUGGAGACAAAACCGUGAUAUGUUCAUGUACUCAAUCAAGUU